UUUAAACUAUCGUCCUUCUCAGUGAUGGCGGCUUCGUUUCGUUCUCUCCCUGCAAACUGUAAUAACAAAUGGUACUACACCCGAGAACAGAUCGACAACAGCCCAUCUCGGCGAGCUGGACUUGAUCCUGACAAGGAGCUGUCCUACAGACAACAGGCGGCGAACCUGCUCCAGGACAUGGGACAGCGGCUCAAUGUGUCCCAACUUACAAUUAAUACAGCUAUUGUGUACAUGCAUCGAUUCUACAUGGUCCAGUCAUUCACCAGGUUUCACAGAAAUGUUAUUUCUCCUGCCGCACUCUUCCUCGCUGCAAAGGUCGAGGAGCAGCCCCGCAAACUGGAACACGUUAUCAAGGUGGCCCAUGCAUGCCUCAAUCCUCAGGAUCCCUCACCAGAUGUCCGCAGUGAUGCCUACCUGCAACAAGCCCAAGACCUGGUCAUUCUUGAGAGCAUAAUACUCCAGACCUUGGCUUUUGAAAUCACCAUUGACCAUCCACAUACUCAUGUUGUCAAGUGCACUCAGCUCGUAAGAGUUGUUCCAGCUAGUAAGGAUCUGGCUCAAACAUCAUACUUCAUGGCCACCAACAGUCUGCACUUGACCACAUUCUGCCUGCAGUACAGCCCGCCCGUUGUGGCCUGUGUGUGCAUCCACCUUGCCUGCAAAUGGUCCAACUGGGAGAUCCCCGUGUCCACAGACGGCAAACACUGGUGGGAGUAUGUUGACCCCACAGUUACCCUCGAGUUGCUGGAUGAGCUCACACACGAGUUUCUGCAGAUUCUGGAGAAAACACCUAGCCGGUUGAAACGGAUUCGCAACUGGAAGGCUGGAGGUCAGACGCCAAAAGCCAAGCCAAAGGUCCAGGAGGAGGGUGACCAGAGGGACACUAUGAUGAGCAUGAUUUCUAUGGCCUCAUCAGAGACCACUGUGGCGGGCCUGAUGAGCCUCUCAGCACCACCUUCUGCCUCUUCUUCCUCAUCCAUGGGUGACAAAGACAGCGGUGCAUCUGGCAGCACUCAGUCUUGGAGUGGAAAAGGUCAGGCUGGAUCUGAGCAGCAGCCCAACAACGAGGUUCACGUCCCAGCUAAGGUGUCACUGAGUGAGUACCGUGCCAAGAACGCAGAUGUCCUGGCCGCCCAGAAGAGGAAGCUAGAGAACAUGGAGGCCAGCGUGAAGAGGGAAUAUGCCAAUGCUGCCCAGGCUCUCAUUGGUCAACAGAGGAAGGAGAAGCAGCAUCAUCACCAGCAGUCUAGCUCCUCCUCCUCUUCUGACAUGUCCACCCCGUCACCAAUAAUUCUGAAAAUCCCCCUUGAGAAGGAGAGGCACGACAGGAGCUCUCUUAAAAUGCGUUUACCCCUAGCUGGCGGAGGAGGCAGCGGCAGCGCCCGAGGUCAGGAACAGGACAUUAAAGUCAGAAUACGAGUGCCUGAGAAGCAAAGGGGGAGUUCAGGAGAGGAGGGCAAGAGCAGGGACAAGCACAGGGAACGGUCUAACCACCACCACAAUCAUCACCACCACCAUCACCAUUCUUCCUCUAGCGGCGCCUCACUCUCCUCUUCACACAAACAUUCAUCUAGUUCCAGUGGGGCAUUAGGAAGCAGCAAAAAAGUCCCCAGCGACUCGUCUAGAACAAGCUCUUCGUCUUCUUCUGCCUCACGUAAGAGGACACACUCCCAAGAUCCCACAGCAGGCUCUCACCCUGCCUCGAAAGUCAGUAAGUCCUCUAGGAAUCUCUACCAGCUACCGUCCCUGUCUUCCUCCUCUGGGCAAACUCUGGGGCAAGGUCCUGACAUUCUCCCCGCUCUGGGCCUUCCCCACCACCAAGGGAGCUAUUCGCACUCCAAAGGCGACAAGACGGACACUAAUGGGCAUGGUGCAACAGGCGGAGCCCAGUCAAACGAGUACCAGGACACUUUUGAAAUGCUAAACUCGCUUCUGAGCGCACAGGGGGUCCAGCCGGCCCAGCCGGCCAUGUUGUUUGACUAUAGAUCCCAAUAUGGGGACUACAGGUACAGUGGUGGCUCCAGAGGGAACAACGCUAGGCCCCCACCCCUGCCUUCAGAACCACCUCCCCCACUGCCGCCUUUACCCAAAUGAGUUUCCUGAUCAUGAGACCCAUAAUGUACCUUGUACUUGACAUCGCAAACAUCCAUCUUGUUACAUAAAGUAUUGUUUUUUGUUUUGUUUUUAACUUUAAUUUUUUAAUAGGCAUCAGUGUGACAGCAGUAAAAUGUACUGGUGAGGUAAAUGAAUUUUCAGCAUUUUUCUUUUUACAGUUCACGUUUAGGGCAAUAAUGAGAGGCUUUUAAAGCUUGCAAAAUGUGAGGAAAAAAAUUUACAAGAAAGUGUAGAUAUUUUUUUCUCAUGUGAAAUGUGAUGAUGGGACCUGGUAUUUUUACCAUCGCUGUUUUUGGAGGAAGGCGUUGUCUUGAAAUCAUGAGGAAACAGAUUUUCAUUACAUACCUGUUGGGUCCGAUUGUCUUUUUAUAAUGUUUUUAUAGGAUGUUAUUUAUUAAUUGAAUGUUUUUUAAAAAAAAGAAGAAGAAGAAAAAAGAAAAACAUGAUCCCGUUUUAUACCUUUUUUAAGGUUUCCUCUCUUUGUUCUUUUUGGGCAGAGGGACAUUAAAACUGUACAGGCAGGUUUGAGAGUGCAUGUAUCCAAAGUUAAUAUUUUUGUCUUUUAAUUUUUAUUAACACCAUCACCUAAAAAAAAAUAGGUGAUUGUCCUGCCCCUAGUGUUUUAACUGUUUUAUUUCCAGCAUUAUUUGGUAAACUUGUACAAAGAUUGUAAAAUGUUUAAAACACAUGAAAUAUUUUUUACAUUUUGUUAUGAAAAAAUGCAACAAAAAAAUAUGAAGCUUGUACUUUUUGUUUAAAGUUUUUGUUUAGAUUUUGAGUGUUGCAGUCAUUGUUUUAAAUGGUUGUAAAAUAUUCACAUUCAGUUCUCUAAUGAUUACACUAAUGGACAAAGUUCAUACCAACAAUAUACAUGUAUGGUUUAUCAAAGAGUUCAAACAUAUCUACUCGGUAUGGUCACAAUGAAGGAAUUGCCAACAACAAAAAGUCCCUCUAGAGAAGAAAUGUGAAUUUUAAUUCCUGUCACGUAAUUGUCACUUGUACAUCAGUUUCCUCUUGGGGGCAAGUAGUUUACGGUGAUCACAGCUAAAUGCAAAAACAGAAAAAGGAGGAACGUACUAAAGUUCAAGUGGCAUUGACACCAGCAGUGAUGAGUCAGCCUGAAACUGCCGUUAAAAAUAGUUUGUGGUGACCAUAUCGAGAAGGGACAACAAAGUAAAAGUACACAGUAUCAAAGACUAAUCAAACGCCAUAUGUCUGUCUGUGUGGUCAUCUUUCGUUUAUGCGUUUUCUUUUGGGUAUGUUUUUAAUGUGUAAACCCCAGUGUACACCUGUCAGUUCAUGCUGGUCUGAGAUUUAAUCAUGUUUAAAGCUGUCUUUUGACUCCAUACCUUCAAAUUAAAUUGGUGGAUAUUCAGCUUCAGAUUGUUGUUUAUAAUCUAACCACAAGCCAUGAUUUAUCAAAAAUGUUUGCAUGUGUACUUCAGUUUUGUAAAUCCCACACUGAAAGCAGGUUAUCGACAUACCUCCACUACAGGGUCAUAAGCAUGACAUAUAAUACUGUCUAAUUCAUAUGAAUUAAUGAUGAGUUUAUGUUUGAGAGAACUGAUGGAAGAUAUGCCUCUUGUUGGCAAGAGAAUCGGGUAUCAUCUGUACAUUUUAAUUCAUACUAAGCUUUAUAUGGUUUUGAUUGUAUAGUAUUACUGCUCUUUACCUGCUUUCUUUUCUCAGUUUAUCAAAAACUCAUUUGUUUUAGGCAGUUCACAGUAAUGCAGUACAAAAAAUCAGCCAUACAAUUGUGAAAUAUUUUUGUUCCCUUGAUUAUAUGGAAGAUAAGCUGAAAGAGUACAGCUCUUUGCUCAGGCAGCAGAGGUUUAUUAGUUAUUCAACUCUUGGUUGUAACAGGGAAACAGUAAAUGCACUGAAUAUUUAUCUCCGUAGGUUUGCCUACAAUGCAAGUGACAAAGUGUUACAUGUGUAAUGGUUAGACUCUUAGAAUAGAUGUCCAAUAUAUCAUUGCCAUUUUUGAAAAUUGUUUUAGCUGAUCAGGACAAAUCUUCCAAUAAAAGUGUUAACUUUAUGUGAGAAGGUCAUACAAAUAAUGGACACAUUAAAAACAACCCCACAUGUGAGAAAAAAAUGGAAGACACUCAUGCAACCUAACAAUGCAAAAUCACAUAGCUACAGUAAAUGUAAUGUUUUUUUUUCAUGUCUUGGUGUUUUAAGUGACACUCAGGUCUGGAAAUAAAACGUUUGGGAUUUUUGUUUGGUUUUUCAGAUAAAAGAUUAUAUGUGAACACUGUUCUUUUUGAUAUGUGGUUGCUUUACUCUCAAUUAAAGUCAAUAAAUAUUUUAA